UGAGUAUGAUGAGCUCCAGCCUGCUGGAAAACCCGGUGCAGGCGAUUCUGUACCUGCGAGAGCUCACCACCAUCGUCCAGAACCAGCAGAGUCUCAUCCAGACGCAGCGCUCACGGAUAGAGGAGCUUGACCGGCGGGUGGACGAGCUCAUCGGCGAGAACAGGCACCUGCGGGACGUCAGGAUACAGCAGCAGCAGCAUCCUUACCAUCACCUACAUCACCAUCACCACCUUCCGGACCCCAGCUGUCUUCCUCAUCACCACCCUCCUCAGGAUCCCCAGCUCAAGACGAGUGCGAGUGCGGCGGGGUCUAUGCCGGACCAUGCGGCUGCACCAGCGCAGGUUGAGACGGCUCCGGAGGUCCAGCCGUCUCCUCCUCAACCAAUGGACCCGGGCGACAUGCAGCUUGUCCCGGCCGACCCUUCCACGGUUUCCCCGGUUGAAAGUGACCCAGAAAACGGAGGAAGUUCCCCCAGCUGCCGCUCUCUGGUUCCGAUGACCCCCACAACAACCCUCUGUCGAUCCUUGGCCCUGGCUAGGAAAUCCGAGAGCGAGACUGUGCUGCAUCAAUUCUGCUGCCCCGCCCCUGAACAUCCAGAGGCCGACACCAGCGGCUCAUCUGGCGGACAGAUGCUGAGCCUGGAGGAUGGAACGUCCUCUGGUGGUGGACAGGAGGUGGAGGGGACCAAGAGAGAGGGGCCCAGCGAGUAUGAGAUCAGCCUGGAGAAUAAAAACAAACAGAUAGAGGAUCUGGAGCAGAAGUAUGGAGGCCAUCUCAUAGCACGGCGGGCAGCGCGUCGCAUUCAAACGGCCUUCCGUCAGUACCAGCUCAGCAAAAACUUCCAGAAGAUCCGCAACUCUCUGUCGGAAAGCAAACUGCCCCGUCGGAUCUCCCUGCGCCACCCCAGCCCUUCAGGACGGAACAGGAACGCAGCCCAGAGACACAGUUACAGUCUGCAUCCGGGAGGAGGACAGAUACCCUUACGCUCCAAAACUCCUCCUCCACCUCCCUGUCGCUCCACCUCCCUGCCUCCUUCUCCUGCUUCGGCCCCCACAGCGGGUCCCUCUCCUGCCCCGGGCCCGGCUCCACCUCAAAACCCAGGACAAACACUCACACAGCUUGAGGACUGCUUCUCUGAACAACUUCACUCCUUGGCACAGUCGAUUGAUGAUGCUCUUCGUGGUUGGAGCUUGUCAGAGGGUGGAGAGAGCAAGGGGCUGCUGAUGGAUCCUGGGGCUCUCCGUGCAGCUGCUGAGAGUGCCUGUCUGCCCCGCAGUGCCAGCUCACUGCUCAUGGCCUUUAGGGAUGUCACCGUUCAUAUCGACAGCAAUAGUUCCUACACCAUUUCCUCCGCCACCACCACAACCACCACUUCGCUCGGCAACGCUGGCGGAGGGCAGCCCGGCAGCAGGAAGACUUCUGUGAGCGGGAUGGCCGGUGGAGGAGACAGCCUGUUAGAGGAGCCAGAGUUCCCGGCGCCUCCGCCCAGUGAGGAACUGGAGAUGGCUGAUCUGAGUUCCAGGAGGGGGUCAGCUGUGCCGGCUUCAGGCGGAGGAGGGGGAUUCGAGGGAGAGUUCUGCUCAGACAGGAUGGGCUCUACCUCGACGUGCACCUCUACCUCCACCUCUAUCACCACCUCAGCACAGUCCAACCAGCAGCCUGCUCAGAUCUACACCCAGUACCAGCAGUACCACUACACUCACCCUCAGCAAAUCCCCGGGGGACCCAGCCCCGAGGCCCUGCAGGCCCUGGUCGUGUCUCUGCCGAGGGACCGCUGCCAGGAUCCGGCCUCCUGCAGAUCCCCGACCCUGUCCACGGACACACACCGCAAACGCCUGUACCGCAUAGGACUCAAUCUCUUUAAUGUGAACCCCGAAAGAGGCAUCCACUUCCUGAUCACGCGGGGCUUCGUCCCGGACACGGCCAUCGGAGUAGCUCACUUCCUGCUGCAGAGGAAGGGCCUGAGCAGACAGAUGAUUGGAGAGUUUUUGGGGAACAGCAAGCUGCAAUUCAACAGGGAUGUCCUAGAUUGUGUUGUGGACGAGAUGGAUUUUUCAGGCAUGGAGCUGGACGAAGCCCUGAGAAAGUUCCAGGCUCAUGUUCGUGUACAAGGGGAAGCACAGAAAGUGGAGAGACUCAUCGAAGCCUUUAGCCAGAGGUACUGUAUGUGUAAUCCUGAUGUGGUGCAGCAGUUUCACAACCCGGACACCAUCUUCAUCCUGGCCUUCGCUGUGGUCCUCCUCAACACUGACAUGUACUCGCCCAACAUCAAACCCCAGCGCAAAAUGGGACUCGAUGACUUCAUACGCAACCUUAGGGGUGUUGACGAUGGAGCGGACAUCCCCCGAGAGAUGGUCGCAGGCAUUUACGAAAGGAUCCAACAAAGAGAGCUCCGGUCCAACGAAGACCACGUGACCUAUGUGAGCCGUGUGGAGCAGUCCAUCCUGGGCCUGAAAACCAUCCUCGCCGUGCCCCACAGACGUCUGGUAUGCUGCUGUCGUCUCUUUGAGGUGCCUGAUGCCAACAAGCCUCAUAAACAGAAACUGUCCCAGCUGCAGAGAGAGGUCUUCCUCUUCAACGACCUGCUGCUGAUCCUGAAGCUGUGUCCCAAGAAGAAAAGCUCAGCCUCGUACACCUUCUGUAAAGCUAUGGGUCUUCUGGGAAUGCAGUUUCACCUCUUCAGCAAUGAAUACUAUGCCCAUGGCAUCACCAUGCUAAGCCCGUUUACCUCAGAGAAGAAGCAGCUGGUGAGUUUCUGCUCCCCGAGCGGAGAGGAGCUCAGGAAGUUUGCAGAGGAGCUCCGAGAGGCCAUCACAGAGGUCAACGAGAUGGAGCAGAUACACAUCCAGUGGGAGUUGGAGAGGCAACAAGGCAUCCAGCACGGAAUACACACCAAUGGCGGACAAUUGGACACACACACAGGCUCUCCCUCAGGCCAACAAGAUCCGUACGAUAAAACCGGAAACAACAACACAGUGGAGGUGUCAAUUCACAACAGGCUGCAGACCUAUCAACUGAGCCAGCCCAGUAUUGAGUCCACGCCUUUGGCCCUGGCUGCUCCACCCGCCUUGCUCAGCCCCAUUCAAGCUGGAGAGCUCCGCCCAGAAACACUCAUCCAGUGCCAGCAGAUUGUCAAAGUGAUCGUGGUGGACCAGAGCGGGCGAGGGCGUAUGGAAGCGUUCCUCAGCCAAGGCCCAGCCGCCCAUCAGCUCAUCCAGUCCGCCCUGUCCACGCCUGUGCAUGUCCGAGAGGGGGAUGGCCCCCAGCCCCCCUUGCCACCUCCCCCACCACCUUACAACCACCCCCACCAGUUCUGCCCUCCAGACUCACCCAUGCCCUUCCACCACACCAUGCCUCUCACCCGCAGGCGCAACUCCAGUGGCUCCCGCAGCAUUGUCUGAGUCAGCAGUUUCUUUAUGAACCCCCGGGGGCCAGAGAGGACCCUCACAUACACACAACACAGACAUGCUGUAGCACGAGUUGACUCACUCUGAAAUACAAAUAAAAGCAAAAGAAGUUACGAAGUAUGCAUCACGAAGGAAAAGGAAACAGGUAUCUAUCCAGAGUCCUGACUGAGUGGUGGCAUUUGAACAACAGGAAGUGUUUCCAAGAGACAACUUUUCUUCUUUUCUUUUGUCUCCGACAUGUCACCCAGUAGCCGAUGGUGUUGUCUUUCUAGAUUUCACAUGCUUAACAAAAAUCUGUGACUCUACAUUUUUGAAUUUCACCUUGUCCUUCGAUCAUGUCAGUGAGCCGACUAUAAAGCAGAGGGAGGAUGGCAGCGCUGAAAGGACAAAUGAUGGCGUUACAUAUGACAGAAAAAAACUCUAUUUUUGGUGGGUUUCAGUAGGAGUGAGGAUUCAUCUCAGCAGAGCAUAAAGCUUCUCCUCACUAUCUUUUUAUUCUCAUCUUGGCAUAAUGUGAAAAACAGGAGUACCAGCUUAUGUAUUUCCCUCAUUUUACAGGGAACAGUUAAUAAGUAUGCAUGAAGGAAGAAGGGAAAAAUAUGCUCUGACAUGUCUACCUUGUCAUGUGCAGUGCUGUGUAUUAAGCAAAGACGUUGCUACUCACCAAACAUACCCAAAACCGUAUCCUAACGACAAUCAUAUUUUUCCGUGCUUCAUCGUGUUUUGCUAAACUUGUGUGAGCACAUACCUCCUCGGUAGUGAGUGACUCCCCCUGAUUCUGUGGCGUUUUGGUUCUCAAGGAGCUCAGGAAAGGAUUUCGUAGCUCGUAAUAUGUGCACCUCUUACGUUGUACUGGAAGCAGUGUACUUGUGUAGCAUGUGUUCAUUCUGCUUACUCGUGCAGCAGAGAGUAGGGCUGCUAAUUCAUCCAAAACAAAGGCUAAAAACAGCCAGAUGAAGCCUUUUUUUUUUCUCUCUCUCUUGUACAUUUACUCCUUAAAGGUUUCCCAGUGUUAAUAAUGUUAUAACCUUUGGAUUAAGGGAAUAUAUCUGCCCUGAAAACUCCUAGGUUUAGUAAAAAAAAAAAAGAAGAAAAGAAUGAUAGUAGCUCCACACAGGGUAGACCAACGCCACCUCACAGAAAACAAGUAUUCUAUAUUUUCUUGCACACUUGAAAUGUUAUAAAAAGCAGAGAUGCAUUCCUAUACUGAAUGUUUAUCAGGGUGAAAAACCGAAGCUGUCCAUGAAGUAAUCACUCAUUUCAUCCAUGUGUAGUCUGUCCGGUGUCGAUGUUUUCGAACUCGAGCCAGUUUGUACAGCAGAUCAUAAAUCAUCCAUCGGAGACACACCAAACCAUGUCUUGUACCUUUUGCACCACAGAAUAUAUUGGAUAUAUUGUAAAUAGGUCAAAUAGAUUUAUUCUGACAAAGUAAUUGGUUUGCCCGGUGUGUGUAUCUACGUAUGUAUUUGUACAGAGAAGAUCUAGUUUAAAAGAAAAAAGGAUAUUAUAGUUAUUAUUAUAGUUAUUAUUAAUCACAUUUAAUAUCAGGGGGUGUCCUAAAUCCUACUGCUACAAAGGGACGGGAAACAGGCAGCUUUUAUAGAACACACUCCAGUUACCAUGGUAACACAAACGGAUAUUAUUACAGAUCUGCAUUCAUCGUUUAAUUACCGCGUCAUAUUAUUAUUAUUAUAGGAUUAUUAAGAGAUGGCUGUGUCACCUGUUAUCAGGUGUGUCAAGGGCUAUGCUGUGCUUGGUGAAUAUGCACAGUAAAUCACAGUGCGUGCGCACACACACACACACACACACACACACACACACACACACACACACACACAUAUAUAUAUAUAUA